CGAAGAGCAGCCGCUACUCCACAGGAGCUGGGGGAAGCAGAGACGCCCCAAUUAUUCCCCGCCUGCUUCUGGGGCAAGGAGAACCCAGGGGAUGCCUACACUGUGAUCCCAGGGAGCGACUGCAGCUCGUGUGGUCGCACCUGAGCAGGGGUGAUGUGGAUGGCGAAGAUGGAGCGUCUCAGACUAGUUUUGGUCCUGCUGCUGGCUGGGAUCUUUGUGGAAAGCCCUCAGGUCCAGUGUUUCUCCCUCUGCAAGAGAGACCUCUUCUCCGUCAGAGAGUCACCGCUGGACAUGGCCCUCAGCUCCUUCGAUGACCAGUACAAGGACUGCGUCAGCAUGAUGGAGGCCGAGCUGGGGGAGCUGAACCUCACCGAGUUGGCCAACAACAGGAACUACGCCGAGACCUGGCUGGAGGCAGCCUCCAGCUGGAAAGAGAUGAAGGACAAGAGCUACAUGCCACGGAACUUCAAGCCCGAGUACGCCAUCGCCAUCUUGGCCUACACCAGCCAGGGCCCCCUGUACAAGCAGCCCCUUCACCAGGAGUUCAACGCAGCUGUGAGAGAGGCAGGCCGCACCCGGGACUUUUACCUCAACAACUUCAACUUCAAGACCCUGCACUUCCUCCUGACCAGAGCCCUUCAAGUCCUAAAGGCCUCCGAGCCCACCAAGUGCCACCAGGUGUACCGCGGAGUCCGGGGCAUCCGCUUCAAAGCCGAGAGUCGCAAGCCCGUCCGGUUCGGCCACUUCACGUCCACGUCCCUGAAGAACGAGAGUGCCCUGCAUUUUGGGCAGGACACAUUCUUCUCCAUAAAGACCUGCCAUGGGGUCAACAUCAAGAACUUCUCCUUCUUCCCUGGCGAGGAUGAAGUGCUGAUCCCCCCCUUCGAGAAAUUCAAGGUCACCAACUUCACCAGGGCUCAGGACAGAACCUUCAUCCAGCUCCUGUCCCUGGACAGCUACAGCAACUACAACUGCGAGUAUGUGAAAGAGAAAAGAUGCAAGACCCGGAGAUGCGUUUUCAGCUCCGGAAUGAGCAGUUUCUCCUUCGGCGUACAGUGCCUGUACCUCCUCGGUGGAGUUCUUCUGGUGUCAAGUGCUUUGGGAACACCUGACUUCCUUUGACGUCCUACUCAGCAUGCUCGCUUUCUCCCUGAGCUAUCAUUAAAGCUGUAAAAAUUGCUUUGAGGAAAAAGGACACGGAGAAGAAAGAAACUCUGGAGCCCAUCUGCUGGUGUCUCAGGCCAGAAGAGACCAUUGUGAUCAUCUGCCCUGACCUCCUGCUUCGUGCAGGCCCUGGAACUGCCUGGGAUUAAUUUCUGUUUGAACUAGAGCAGAUCUUUGAGAAAAAAAUCCCAUCUUGAUUGAAACGUGGCAAGUGAUGGAGACACACCCUGAUCCUUGCUAAAUUGUUCCAAUGGUCAGUUACUCUCAGCGUUAAAAAUUUCUAUUUAGUCUCUAGUCCCAAUUUAACCUUCAACGAAUCUUGUCUGACCUUUGCCUGCUAACUUUAAGAGCCCUCUUAUCAAGUUCCCGUUCCCUAUUAUAAGUGCCGAUAGAAGGCAAUCACGUCACUCCAUAACCUUCUCCUUGUUAAGAAACUGAGCUCAUGGAGUUCCUGGGUCAGCCUUGCGCUGGUCCCCAGAGAAAGUUCUAUCUCCUGCACAAUGAGCUUUACCCCUGCUGCCAAGAGUCCCAUUGUGCCAGGGAAAUGCAGUUGCUGGAACUUUAGGGUCUGAGAGUCCCCAGCCACUGAAUAUCUUGCAGCUGAGGUCCAAGACCUUGAACUUGACUUGAUGUUCUCUGGAAAGCCAGUGUGGCGCGCGGAGGACAGGUCUGAUGCACUCGCAGUAGCCUGUGUUGCUGAGGAGACUCUCUGCAGCCUUCGGUAGCAGUUGGAGUUUUGUAAGCAGUGAAGGCGUCAUGCUCAGGUAUACUGCAUUGCUACAGUCCAGACAGGAGUGAUUAAGGCCUAUAUAAUUGUGGCCAGGUCAUCAUCCACCAGGAUGAGAGGUAGUCUCCUAGUCAACCGGAGAUGGUAGAAAGCAUUAGUCACAGACGCUGCUAUGAGAGAGCUCAGUAUCAGCAAGGCAUUCAAGAGGCCUCCUAGACUAAGGACUGAAUUGCCCUAUUGUGGGUGUGAACCUUCAGUCAAAGGAGGCUGCACCAUGAACGCCGACGCUUCAAAAUGCUUUGCUGUGCCCACCAGCAUCACCUCUGUCUUGCUUGGGUUCAGCUUCAGCCAGCUGUUCCAUCCAAGUACUGAGCCAUCUUGGUGAUAGUGAUGUGGUCAUACGGGAAGGAGAGGAGGAGCUUGGUAUUGCUGUCAUUUGAGUCCAUAUUGUACGUUCAGUUCGCAUAGAGGCUGCAUGGAGACGUUGAAAAGUCCCCGAGAGAGAACUGAUCUUGUGGGACUCAUCCAGGGAGGGAUCCAGUGCUGGAGGUACAGUUUCUCAUCACCACUAAUUGGGUGUGUCCCUCCAAGAAGGAUUCAGACCAUUUUAGUGCAUCCCUCUGGACUCUUGCUGCCUCUUAGGUGAGACAGAAGUAUCUCAUUGCCAACAGUGUCAAAUAAUGCCAAGAGGUCCAGGAGACUGCACAUAGAUGUCUGCCCUCCAUCCAUUGACAAGAGGAUAUCGUCCAUCCCACUUAGCAGCAGGGGGAGUGAAUAGCAGUUGAUAGAAAUGGUAAGUUAUAAAGUAUAGAAAAUGGAUAAGGGAAGCAAAAGACACCAGCGAUAAAUCCAUGGCUAGCAGGGCUAAGGGAAAUAAGAUGAUUUUUAAGUAUAUUAGAAACAAAGGAAGUCCUAAGAUUGGUAUAGGCCUUUACUAGUUGGAGAUUGUAACACUUUUAAUAAUGAUGCAGAAGGGCCAAAAUGUUCAAUAAACCUUUCUGUGCUGUAUUUGCAAAGAAGCAGGAUGAUGCACUCAUGAACAUGAACUUCUUUCCAGUUCACUGGUAGCUAUGGAGGAUGGUAACCAAUACUUACUAGGGAUCAAUAUUUUUUAAUCAGCAGCCCCAGAUAUCUCACACCCAAAGAGUCCUAAAAGAGUUGGCUGAGGAGAUUUCUGCCCUGCCGAUGUUAAUUUUUAAUAAACAUUAGAACCCCAGGGAUAUCCCAGAAGACUGAUAGAGUGCUAAGGUUAUGUCAGUAUUCAAAAAGAGAUGGAUUGGAUAUGAAAUACCUGUUAGCUUGUCAUCAGUCCUGGGUGCAAUAAUGAAAAAGUGGACAGGGGAUUUAGUCAAUAAAGAAUUAGAGGGUGUGGCUACAAUUCAUGCCGUUUUAAGCAAUAAAAAAUUUGGUUGAUAAAGAGAACUGGAGAGAUGAAGUAGAUUUAGACCAUUGCAAGUUGUUUGACCUAGUACCACAUGACAUUCAGAUUAAUAAACUAGUGCUAGACAGUAUCAGUAGAGCACUCAUCAAAUGGAGUGAGAACUGGCUAACUGAUAGAUCUCAGAUAGGAGAUGUCCAAGGGGAAUCAUCAUCCAAUGGGUUUUUUCUGACUGGUUCACAAAGGUCCUUAAGCACCUAACUCCCACUGAUUUGGGCCUCUAGGGGUCUGGCUGAUGGGCUGGAGAGAGGGGCCUUUUUCCAUGUUGGACUGUCAGCUUUGAGCCCUUUCCCAGAACGAGGUGUGUAGGACCAGUCAGUGCUUUCUCAUGAGAGACAUAAGAACAUACAUAAAAAUGGCCUUGCUGGGUCAGAGCAAAGGUCAAGCUAACCCAUUAUCCUGUCUCCUGACAGUGGCCAAUGCCAGGUGUCCCUGAGGGAAUUAAUAGAACAGGUCAUCAUGAAGUGAUCCACCCCUGUUGCCCAUUCACAGUUUCUGGCAAACAGGCUACAGACACCAGCCCUGCCCAUCUGGCUAAUAGCCAUUGAUGGAUCUAUCCACGAUGAAUGUAACUAGUUCUUUUUUUAACCCUGUUAUAGUCUUGGCCUUCACAACAUCCUCUGGCAAAGAGUUCCAUAGGUUGACUGUGAGUUGUGUGAAAAAACACUUCCUUUAGUUUCUUUUAAACCUUCUGCCUAUUAAUUUCAUUCGGUGACCCCUAGUUCUUGUGUUAUGUGAAAUAGUAAAUAACACUUCUUUAUUUACUUUCUCCACACCAGUCAUGAUUUUAUACACCUCUAUCAUGUCCCCCGCUUAGUCAUUUUUUUUCCAAGCCAAAAAAUCCCAAUCUUAUUAAUCUUUCUUCAUGUGGAAGCUGUUCCAUAACCCUAAUCAUUUUUGUUGCCCUUUUCAGAACCUUUUCCAAUUCUAAUAUAUCUUUUUUGAGAUGGGCAACAACAUCUUCAUGUAGCAUUCAAGAUGUGGGCGUACCAUGGAGUUAUAUAGAGGCAAUAUGAUAUUUUCUGUCUUAUUAUUUAUCCCUUUCUUAUUGAUUCCCAACGUUCUGUUUGCUUUUUUGACUGCCACUGCACAUUGAGUGGGUGUUUUCAGAGAACUAUCCACAAUGACUCCAAGGUCUCUUUCUUAAGUGGCAACAGCUAAUUUAGACCCCAUCAUUUUCUAUGUAUAGUUGGGAUUAUAUUUUCCAAUGUACAUUACUUUGCAUUUAUCAACAUUCAAUUUCAUCUGCCAUUUUGUUGCCCAGUCAUUUAGUUUUGUGAGAUCCCCCUUUGUAGCUCUUUGCUUUCUGCUUUGGACUUAACUAUCUUGAGUAGUUUUGUAUAAUCUGCAAAUUUUGCCCACUUACUGUUUACCCCUUUCUCCAGAUCAUUUAUGAAUAUGUUGAACAGCAUUGGUACCAGUACAGACCCCUGGGAGACACCACUAUUUACCUCUCUACAGUCUGAAAACUGACCAUUUAUUCCUACCUUUUGUUUCCUGUCUUUUAACCAGUUAAGAGCCUUUAGUGAGUGACCUUGUCAAAGGCUUUCUGAAAAUCUAAGUACACUAUAUCCACUGGAUCCCCUUGGUCCACAUGCUUGUUGACCCCUCAAAGAAUUCUGGUAGAUUGGUGAGGUGCAAUUGCCUUUUACAUAAACCAUAUUGACUCUUUCCCAACAAAUUAUGUUAAUCUCUGUAUCUGAUAAUUCUGUAAUUUACUAUAGUUUCAACCAGUUUGCCUAGUAAUGAAGUCAGGCUUACUGGCCUGUAAUUGCCAGGAUCAUCUCUGGAGCCCUUUUUAAAAAAUUGUUGUCACAUUAGCUAUCCUCCAAUCAUCUGGUACAGAGGCCGAUUUGAAGGACAGGUUACAAACCACAGUUAGUACUUUUGCAAUUUAACAUUUGAGUUCCUUCAGAACUCUUGGGUGAAUCCCAUCUGGUCCCGGUGACUUAUUACUGUUUAAUUUAUCAAUUUUAGUUCCAAAAACUCCUCUAUUGACACCUCCAUCUGGGACAGUUCCUCGGAUUUGUCACCUAAAAAGAAUGGCUCAGGUUUGGGAAUCUCCCUCACAGCCUCAGCCAUGAAGUCAGACACAGAGAAUUAAUUUAGUUUCUCUGCAAUGGCCUUAUCAUCCUUGAGUGCUCCUGUCGCACCUCAAUCAUCCAGUGGCCCAAUGGGUUAUUUAGUAGGCUUCCUGCUUCUGAUGUACCUAAACAUUUUUUGCUAUUACUUUUGGAGUCUUUGGCUAACUGUUCCUCAAAUUCUUUUUUUGGCCUCUCUAAUUGUAUUUUUACACUUCAUUUGUCAGUGUUUAUGCUCCUUUCUAUUUCCCUCAACAGGAUUUAACUUCCACUUUUUAAAGGAUGCCUUUUUAUCUCUCACUACUUCUUUUACUUGGUUGUUUAGCCACAGUGGCACUUUUUUGGUUCUCUUGUUAUGUUUUUUUAAUUUGGGGAAUACAUUUAAGUUGAGCCUCCAUUAUGGUGUCUUUAAAAAGUUUCCAUGCAACUUGCAAGGACUUCACUGUGGAUGGCUGUGUCAGUGCAGAACCUGCCAGAGGUUUGUGGCUUGACUCAGCAUCACAGUGUGAGGAACACCCCAGGUUGGUGAGACAGAGGACUCAGUGGUCCCACAGUCCGCGUUGCACCCUGGGGACCUCAUCCCAGGAGUUCUGUCCUUGGGCUAGUCCCAGAAAACACAGGGACUCUCAAAAGACCCCCUGGCUGGGCAGGUUGUUCAAAGCCACGGGGGCUGGCUGGCGACGCUUGGAGGAAACAGCCAAGUUCACAGACAUCCACCUCUCACUUUUAAAGACCCCUUUCCUCCUUUCUUUGUACAAAGAGCAGGAUCCCUGCAGCAAAACAGGUUUUUAUCUGCUCUUCCCGGCCUCGAGUGGCUCUAGUGUCCCAGCUGCUUACUCUGUUAAAACCUGGGCAAUGCCCCUUCCUUUGGUGGCUAGCAGCUGUAGCUCUGUCAUGGGGCGAGAACAUGGUAUGAUGCUGUCUGAUUGAAUAUGACCAUUUUUAUCAUUGUUUAUACAAAAUUGCAACAACUCUUGUACAAAGUAUGUCAUGCCAAUGGGGAAGUUACAAUUUGCUAAGUAUGAUUAUCCUGUUGAUGUGCAUGUAUCAUCUUUGUAUCUGAAGUUAUGAUUAUUGUCCAUGGACUUGUAUCUUACCCAAGUGGUGUAUGCUCGGGUAACACUCCUCAGUUAGAAUUUGCAUUAAGACCAGACAGCUAUGAGUUGAUGGCCCUUCCAGGACACUUAGCUCUCGCAAUGGGCCAGAGAAGAAACACGCCUCAGGAAGAAUAUGGGCAAUGGCUUCAUUUGUGAGUCAUCAAAGCAUGUGAGGACGUGACAUGCUCAUGUGACCCAGGACUCCAACUUGGGCCAGUAACUUUCCACAGACAGAUGCUGUGAGCUUUGUUUGGGACAGUAAAAUUCCAUGCACAGGGCAGAGGAUAUAAAAGGACCCCCGAGACAGUUCCAUCUUGUCUUCAUUUCCUGCUUCAUUUCUCUGGACUGGAUUUCUAACAAGGAAGGUCUGAACAACAAAGAAUGACUUCCAACCUGUCUGGAUGAUUCCAGAGAGACAUUUGCAAGCUAGCAGUUUAUUCCCUCGCUGCUGUGAUCCUGCUCUCUGAACACUGAAAAACUACUUGUAUGUAGCUGAUCUAUUAACCAUUUAUGUCUUUUCUCUUUUUCUUUUAUUAUUAAACCUUUGGUUUUUAAUUGCUAAA